UUUCUUUCUCCGCUCCGCUAUCGCCUGGUCUGAUUUGUUUGCGUUUAUAAUCACUUCGCUUCUACUCGUCGCGUUUGAUCCCUCAUGUCGCCCCAAUGCUCUUCCAUCUUUCUACUUACAGUGCCGGACACUGAAUCCUUUGUAUAUGACCGGAGCGCUCCUGUCUAUCCCACUUGUGCCUUUUGUUCCGGUCGCAUCCCACCAUGAGCGCGAUCUUGUCCUCUGACGAUCUGAAUGACUUCAUUUCGCCCGGCGUUGCUUGCAUAAAACCCAUAGAGACUCUUCCUAAGGAAACAAGUAAUGAGAAUCCUUAUGAAGUCACUACCGAAGAUAAAGUCGCCGCCUUGAAUGCGCCUCCCGCUUCGAUUUCUCUGACCGAUUGCCUUGCUUGCUCAGGAUGUGUUACUUCUGCUGAAGCAGUGCUCGUGAGCCUCCAAAGUCAUACUGAGGUUGCAAAUACCCUCAACGCACAUCCGUCGUUAGAGUUAGCACAAAGUGCUGAGGACUGUAAAAGAGGCCUGGUGAACGGAGGGGUCAUUGGGACGGGGAAAGCGCUAGAUGGCGUGAACACUACAGUAGGCAUAUCAGAUGCAGAAUCGUUGGUCUUUGUUGCGAGUAUGAGUCCACAAGCCCGUGCCAGCCUUGCUGCGACGUACAAUAUAACGGAAAGACAGGCUGGUAAUCUGGUGGCGCAACUUCUCUCGGGCCCUCAAGGACUGAAGAGCGGUGGUACAUACCGCAGUGGUUUCACUUGGGUACUCGAUACCAACACCCUUCGAGAAGCAGCACUCGUACUCGCUGCAGACGAGGUUCAGGCGUCCCUACGCUGUUCUUCCGACACACCCAAGAAACCAAUUUUGACGUCUGCGUGUCCUGGAUGGAUAUGCUAUGCCGAGAAAACACAUCCAUACGUCCUCCCGCAUCUAUCAAGACUGAAGAGCCCCCAAGCUCUAGCUGGCACGCUCGUCAAGUCAGUCCUGAGCCAGAAACUCAACAUCUCCCCAAGCAGGAUCUGGCACCUUGCUAUAAUGCCCUGCUUCGAUAAGAAACUAGAAGCCUCCCGCUCUGAACUCACAUCCGCAUCCUGGAUCCCCCAAUCCGCCCAGACACUCGAACAUCAGCCGGUCCGUGACGUCGACUGCGUCAUCACCGCUCGCGAACUCGUCCACCUUGCCGCUUCCCGCUCUAUCUCCCUUUCAUCUCUCCCCUUGACUCCCAUCGCACAUAUCCCAUUUCCCGAUCCAAUACUCUCCUCCUUUCUCUUCCCCUCAACUCCCAAAGCCAAUGGCUCUCCCGCCGCAGGCUCCUCCGGCGGCUACCUGCACCACAUAAUGUCCACGCUAGCACAUACCUCACCUCACCUCACAAUCACCACGUCGCGCGGUCGCAACGCCGACGUGCUCGAACACGCCUUGGUCGACCGCGCCACCGGCGCUACAGUCCUCAAAACAGCACGUUUCUACGGCUUCCGCAAUAUCCAAAACCUCGUGCGCCGGCUUAAGCCGAAGCGCGCAAGUCGUAUUCCGGGGGCCGCGGCGCGUCAGAUUGCUGCAUCAUCGUCGUCGCAUAGCGGUGGGGCUGGCGCGGCGGAUGAGUUCGCCUAUGUAGAGGUCAUGGCUUGUCCCGGCGGGUGCACGAAUGGCGGGGGUCAGAUCAAAGUCAGUGAGGUGGCGGAUGUACGAGGAGAUAAUAGUCUGGGUGUUGCGGAUGGUAUGAGUGGUAUGGAAGGAGUGCAGGUCAAGCCAGGCGUGAAAGAGCAAAAGGAGUGGUUGGCCCGCGUCGACGAGGCGUAUUAUUCUGCGUCGUCGUCGUCGUCGUCUUCGUCAGAAGGCGAGGACAGGGACGAUGUUGGACCCGGAGAUUCUAUGGAUGUGGAUGUAGACAUGGACGCCGAUACAAGAAGAGGAAGAGGCGGAGCACAAAAUCUAGCCACAACCGAGAUUCUGAAUUCCGAGGUAGACGUAGUAGUAAACGGCAUUUCGCAUCGGUAUAUACACGAGGUACUGCAGCAUUGGGCGGACGUCACGCAGAUACCCCUUGACAAGCUCGUCUUCACGAGCUAUCGCGAGGUCGAGAGUGAUGUAGGCAGCAACGGCAACAACGGCAACAACAGCAGGAAGGGCAAAGCGAAGAAAGUCAGCGAUGUCGAGCGUGUAGCUGGGCUGGCGAGUAGUAUAGGAGGGGGAUGGUAGAUACGAUACACACACACAACAGUGGAAAUUAGUAGUAGACCAGAAACUGAUCAAGACGAUCACCGUACACAUACACACAGCAAAGUCCGCGUCUUCGAUCAAAUCUUAC